CCUCUCUCCACCACUCAGCAUGCUCAUCCGUGCAACACAAUUAUGCCUACGGCGGUCACUAUCAACAGCCCGUGUGCUGAAGAACAGCAAUGUCAGCGUGGAAGCAAGUCAGAAUGAUGUGGUUUCCUUCUACGAUGCCAAAGUCAUAAACUAUGCGACUCGUCCCAUUCGACCAGUGACGCUGAAAGAAUUGAUUCGAUUCGGUCAACCACCGUUAUCGGAACAAUCUCUCACUCAAUGUGCACAUUACGCUCGAACUGAACUGCCUGUACGUCUAGCCAUGCGUGUGCGGGCGUUCCAAAACUUGCCUUUCAUCGUUGGCACCAACCCUCAUAUCAAAGAUAUAUAUCGACUUUACUUUGAAUCAUUUGACAGCUUGGAAAAAUAUUCUGACUUACCUGAGAAUGAUAAUGGUUCCGACUUGGAAUUUGCGGAGAAGCUCAAGGAUCUUGUAGAGCGGCACGCUGAUAAUAUACCCACCUUGGCUCGAGGGUUUUUGGAAUGUAAAAAGUAUAUGAACACAAAGGAUAUGACGGCGUUCUUGGAUGACAUGAUUCAUGCGCGAAUAGGUAUUCGACUCAUUGCUGAGCAAUGCAUCAGUUUGAUUCACGCUUCCAAGAAUGAAUCGGAAGACCAGAGAAGAACAAGCUAUAUCGGAAUCAUUAACACGCAGCUGUCUCCUGCAAAGGUCAUACAUCAUUGUGCAGACUUUGUCACUGAACUGUGCGAGUUCAACUACGGUGAAGCCCCAGAAUUCAUCAUCAAUGGCCACGUUGAUACCACGUUUACUUAUGUACCAGUGCAUCUUGAGUACAUGUUGACUGAGUUGCUCAAGAAUGCUGCUCGCGCUACAGUUGAAAAUGCCAAAAAGAAUAAGAAACCGAUCCCUCCUGUUGAAGUUUCUAUCAGUCAUGGGUCUCGAGAUAUCGGGAUUCGAGUACGGGACCAAGGCGGCGGUGUCAAGCCCAACGACCUCAACCAUAUCUUUGAAUACUCUUACACUACGGUCAAGAAUGAAGAGACUGAAGAUUCUAAUAUCUUCAGUGGCAUCACUCGUUUGGCUAUGCAAAGUGGUGUAGGUGGCCCCAUAGCUGGACUAGGAUUUGGUCUUCCCUUAGCACGAAUGUAUGCUCGCUACUUCGGUGGCUCCAUGACUCUUUUAUCUCUGAAUGGUUACGGAUGCGAUGUGUUUCUCAAACUCAAACACAUUGACGAAAGCUUGGGACAAUUAGAGAUUUAAACGCGUAUGGUAGAUCACAGUUUUUGUUUUGUUAAAUUUGUAUUUACGUAAUGAAAUGACCUUUUCUUUUUUCAUAUCAUUACCCAUUAACAAAAAAUAAAAAUGAUG